AACUCACCUUCUUAACUAUAUCCACUCUAUAUAAGCUUCUCAAAACCCAAUCCCUCACUUCACAAAAAACCAAAACUGAGAAGAAAAUAGAGAAAGAGAUAACAAAGAAGAAAUGAAAAAAUCAUUUAAAAAUAUUGGUCCACUUUUUCUCUCCUUCACGUAAUUCUUCCCUUCCUGUGAGAAAGGUAUUCCGGCGACUAUAGUUACACUCAUUCUAUUCUUGUUCAACUGCGCCAACAACUCCAAAGAGUGAAAGGAAGAAAAAGGUAUCAAAAUUUGGCAAUUUUUAUUUUUAUAAUGGUGAAUGGAUUCUUCGCGAUUGUAUUAAUUGGUUUUUGAUGUGUGAAAGGAAAAGGGGAAGUAGGUGUGAAUCAAUUAUGAAUUCGCUGAACUUGAUUUCUGUGAAUUUGCAUGUAUUUCUGUGAUUUAAGGAUUUAGGCAUUUAAAGGAUUCUGAUCUAGACACGCAAAGUGAGUAGGUUUUGAAAGCUCUGAGAAUUGAGCGUAAAAUGACAAAAGAACAUAAUUAGGCUGGAGAGAGAGAGAGAGAGAGUUUUACAGUAGAAGAAGUACCUGUUUUGGUUGUGGUUGAUAGACAUGCCUUUUCCGAUGAAGGUUCAACCGAUCGAUUCUUCAACAUACAGAGAAUCGAUCAAAAAUGAUACAGUAAAGCCUUUGCUGAAAUCACGACUCAAAAGGUUUUUUGAUCGACCGUUCCCUAGUGUUUUACGGAUUUCGUCGGCGGCUGAGAAGCCGGGUGCUGCUAAUGAUGGAGCAACCGCUGAGUUUGAGCCAAAUUCGGUUUGUUUGGACAAAUUGGUUCAGAAUUUCAUCGAAGAGAACAAUGAUAAGCCUUCUGCCGCUAGAUUUGGCCGUAAAUGCAAUUGCUUUAAUGGUAACAACAAUGAUAGCUCCGAUGAUGAGUUUGAUUUGUCUACUGGAUUUUCUGACUCUGUUACGAACUCUUCGUUUGGGGAUUCUUCCGAUACUCUCAAGAGCUUAAUUCCCUGUGCAAGUGUCACCGAGAGGAAUCUGUUAGCUGAAACUUCAAAAAUCGUCGAUGAGAACAAAUCUUGCAAGCGUAAGGACGAUUUGAGAAAAAUUGUCACUGAUGAACUUUUAGCACUUGGCUAUAAAGCUUCUAUCUGCAAAUCUAAAUGGGAAAAAGCUUCCUCUACCCCUGCAGGUGAGUAUGAGUAUAUUGAUGUGAGUACUGUGGAAGGAGAAAGAGUCAUCCUCGACAUAGAUUUCAGAUCUGAGUUUGAAAUAGCGCGAUCGACGGGAAAGUACAAAGCAGUUCUGCAAUUGCUCCCGUUUAUCUUCGUCGGCAAAGCCGAUCGGCUUCUGCAAAUAGUGUCAAUCGUCUCGGAAGCAGCUCGACAAAGCUUGAAGAAGAAAGGUAUGCACAUCGCUCCAUGGCGCAAUCCGGAGUAUAUGAAAGCCAAAUGGCUCAGUCCCUACACGAGAAUUACACCUGCGGAGGAAUCUAACACCGCUGCUGAGAUCACGGAGUCGGCGUCGGAAAGUGAGAACGGCGAGUUAGAUUUGAUUUUUGCUGAUAAAACGCUACCUUUAGACUCCGAUCUUAUUAAUACAACAAAGUCGUCGUCGUCGGAAACUUCCGGCGAGGAAGAGAAGCCGGUGAUUAUGACGUGGCAACCUCCGGCAGUAAAGCCAAAGAGUUGCGAUAGGAAAACCAAAGUCGUCGUCACUGGAUUGGCUUUUCUUCUCAGGGAAAAACCGUAAAAGAUUUUGUUAAUUCUAACGUUUUUAGCGAGUACAAUAUAAAUGUAUUAAGCCAUAUAAUCGGAAAUUUAGAUAGAUGAACGGAAACGCUUUCUACCAUUUUCCGUUUCAGUUUUUUCAAAGAAUUCGCAAGGGACUGUAACAGAAAAUCUAGAACCAAGCUUUGCUGUAAUGAAAAGUAAAGAAUAAAGAAUAUAAAUGAUAGUAUUAUUCUUCA